CCAAAGAUUCUUUCCUCUGAAUCAAAACUUGCAUCCAUGAACAGCACUCGCUCUCGUUCCCGGCCCGAGUAUAUCCCGGGCCAUAUUCCGGACCCUUCCUACGUCCGCAUAUUAGACACCACCCUCCGAGACGGCGAGCAAGCCCCCGGCGCUGCCAUGACCGCAGAGCAGAAGCUGAGGAUAGCGCGGCAGCUGGCGAAGCUGGGCGUGGACGUGAUCGAUGCGGGGUUCCCGUCUGCAUCACAGGAGGACUUCAACGCCGUAAAGAUGAUAGCGGAGGAAGUUGGGAAGAAGUUCGACGAUGAUGAGUACGUUCCGGUGAUUGUUGCAAUAUGCAGGUGCAAUGAGAAGGACAUUAGGACUGCAUGGGAGGCUGUGAAGGAGGCGAAGAGGCCGAGGCUUAUGCCCUUCAUCGCCACCAGCCCCAUUCACAUGGAGUACAAGCUCCGAAAGACCAAACAAGAGGUUCUACAAAUAGCUCGCCACAUGGUCGCUUUCGCUCGCAGUUUGGGUUGUCGUGACAUCCAGUUCGCUGCUGAGGAUGCAGCCAGAUCGGAUAGAGAGUUUCUUUAUGAAAUAUUUGGAGAUGUUAUAAAAGCUGGGGCAACAACAUUGGGCGUAGGAGACACUGUGGGCAUAACAAUGCCUUUGGAGUUUGGAAAACUGAUUGCUGACAUAAAAGCCAAUACCCCUGGAAUUGAAAAUGCUAUUAUUUCUGCUCACUGUCAUAAUGAUCUUGGACAUGCUACUGCAAACACAAUUGAGGCUGCCCGUGCUGGUGCAAGACAACUAGAAGUAACAAUUAAUGGAAUUGGUGAAAGGGCUGGUAAUGCUGCAUUUGAAGAGGUUGUGAUGGCCCUAAGAUGCAGAGGAGUUCAUGUUUUAGGUGGUUUAUAUACUGGAAUUAAUACAAAGGAGAUACUGAAGACCAGCAAGAUGGUUGAAGAGUUCUCUGGUAUGCAUUUACAGCCACACAAAGCUAUAGUAGGUGAUAAUGCAUUUCUACAUGAAAGUGGCAUUCAUCAGGAUGGAUUGUUAAAGCACAGAGCUACAUAUGAAAUACUUUCUCCUGAAGAUAUUGGUUAUGAAAGGUCCAGUGGAGCUAAUAUGGUACUAGGGAAGCUAAGCGGACGUCAAGCUUUGAAAAAUCGACUUAAAGAGCUUGGUUAUGAACUCAAGGAGGAUGAAGUUGAGAGUGUAUUUAGAAACUUCAAAGCAAUGGCUGAAAAAAGAAAGAGAGUUACUGAUGUUGACCUUAAAGCAUUGGUAUCAGAUAAAGUUUCUGAAGUAGAACCUAUUUGGAAACUUGGUUGGUUGCAGGUGACAUGUGGAACUCUGAAUUUUUCAACAACAAGUGUUCAACUUGUUUCAAUUGACACUAGCACACAUGUUGCUUGUUCUGUUGGAAAAGGACCAGUGGAUUCAGCUUACAAGGCUGUCGAUCUCAUUGUGAAGGAAGCUGUGAAAGUACUUGAGUACUCUCUAAAUACAGUGACUGAAGGCACCGAUGCAAUUGCAACUGUACAUGUUGUACUUCGAAAAGAGAACAUGAACUCACAUACUUCUACUUUAUUAAAUGGAAACAUAAUUUAUCCAACAUUUAGUGGGAUUGGAAAAGGAGUAGAUGUUGUUGUUUCCAGUGUAGAGGCUUAUCUUACUGCACUAAACAAAAUGCUCCAUUUCAAGGAAUGAUUUAUAUCUUUUAAUAGCCGAAUGUAUGCAAUAAGUUCCAUUGGCUGUUUGUAAUUUCUCAGUUAAGUUUAAAAUGGAGUAUUCUAAUCUACUUUUCAAAGUUUGCAUAUCAAGCGAUAGCUAUGCCAAAAACCAGACUAUGUAAUGUUUCCUUGAUAUAUUUGAAUUGCAAAUGUUAAUUCCUU